AUGUCCGGCGAAAAUCAACUUCAAAACCCAGUAUGUGUCGAUGCGAGCCUCUGCCAACUGUGCCGCUUCCCCAUCAACCGGGAGGAAGAGAACAUUGUUGCCUUAACUCCAGAUGAACAAGUGUCAUCACCGUUCAAUAUCUAUUCAGAGGAAGACGAUGGUCCUCCUUACAUCGAUAAGUCUCUCAACAUGUCCUUCCGACACUGCGUCUAUCCAUACUGUAAACAUAGCAGGGGACUCGCCGUUACUUUCCACGCGAAAUGCGUUGAUAUGGUCGCUCCUUUUGGAACUCCUCUCCACGAGUGGCGGCUUAUCACCAAGCCCUCUUAUCGUCAUGUCUCGUUGAGCCAUGAAAGCCGGAGAGGCCGUGUCCGUGAAUCGAUAGAGGUUUCCCUGCAUAAAACAUAUGGCAAGCUACCACCGGAGCUUUGGCAUGUCGUGUCUGGCGAUGACGAAUUGAUCAGACUUUACUCCAUUGCGGAACUUUCUUUACAGCAUCGCAAAACUGAGUGGUUUGUUGAUCUGUCACUUCCAGUGUUGAUCACAGUCGUCAGAAUGGAUGAUGUGGAGAAUCUGUACAUCUCCAGUGACCACCUGGGGAUCAGACAGGUCACUCUAGACCCAAACGAGGCCACUUCAGAUACUGCGUAUCCAUCCUAUUGGCAAACAGUAUCGGUGAACAACCCAACUCUUACUUUCCAGAGUGAUGGCCUCAAGCUUCGAAAGCUGUUGACUCCUUCGAUCUACCCUCAAGUUCUCUGGCCUCGUCCAGUAACGCUGUCUGAACUCGACUCAAUGACAUUUUACUAUGCUGGUUGGGGCGAAGGAGGUCUUGAGGCCAGGUUAAGAACACUGACUUUCAAUGAGCCUGGUACCACUGGAUAUUCCGUGUGUUGGGCCAACUUAGAGAUGGUCUCAAUUCAUGUUCAUCGCAACAUGGAACAUCGAGAAGCCGACCGUACGCGAAUGAAUGAGCACUCUGAAUAUGACGACCGAAGUCUCUUCAAAUGGACCUACUAUCCUGUCCAAGAAGAUGAGUUCAUUCGAGAGGUCUGGCUACGAGGGUUCGAGAAAUAUGAUACGACUCGGCCUCUCCCUUCUCAAGGUGAGGGCGAUUGGCAUUUUCGUCGGUCGACACCAUGGGGAUUCAUGGAAUACAAGAGAGACAGUGACAUAGCUCUUGCGCUUGUUACGAGCAAAGGUCGAAACAUGGUUGCCGGAAGUUUCCCAGACGAACGAUCCUCGCAACAUCUCAAACAUCAUCACUGGAACCUGGUAGCGAAAACAUCCGCGAACGCUCCACUUCGAGUCUUCUUCUCUCCCUCAGACCAUGGAAUUCCUCUGAUAGUUGCACCGAGAUUACUAGACAAUCAGACCGCCGCCCCUUCGUUGAGACAAACACCACUUUGUACCAUGCCAAGCUUCAACCCGCUCCGUACUAUACACUACUCUUCCGCGUCCUUGGAAAACAUCACAGAAGUCCUUGUCUGCAAGAGCAAGAAUCAGAAGGAUAUGGGCAUGAUCCUAGAACUUGACUGGGAAAACCGCCGUUUUAUUGAAACCCCCUACAGAAAGGUGACUGGGCUACUGUUCCGGUACGCUGAUGGUACUGAGGCUAGCGUUGGGUGCUUUCGGUUUGACUGGGCUGAGACGCCGCUCACAAGAGGCGACUCAACGGGACUUUUUUUUGGUACCAAGCCGGAGCAGAGCUCGCGGGAACCUUCACAUGUAGCUGUCGUAAGAGUCGCACCUCCAGAGGGAGGAUUUAUAUGGCUAGGGGUGCCCUGGGCUGGAGUACUUGAGUGGUGGUUUAGCCCUGAUAGCUUGGACACUGAAAUCACCCAUGGCCUUCAAUAA